GGAAAUUCUGUCAUCAUUACUCACCAUUGUGUCAAACCCUUAAGAAAUCUGUUCAUCUUCAAAUAUUUUGUCCUUGAACAUACAGAAUGAGCUAAAGUGAGACAGCAUGUCUAGCGCCGGACUAAUGUCUUCACCCAUAUGUUUGGUGGAGAAUGUGAACGGAUCACUCAGCGUCUGUAAGCAUGCCCUUGAGUUCCUGAGCAGGAUCAAGGAGCCGGUGGUGGUGGUGUCUGUGGUGGGACUCUACCGCACAGGGAAGUCUUACCUCAUGAACCGCCUGGCAGGACAACAGUCAGGCUUUGCUCUUGGCAGUGCUGUUGAAUCAAAGACCAAAGGCAUCUGGAUGUGGUGUGUCCCUCACCCUAAAAAAGAAGGACACACUCUAGUGCUGCUGGAUACAGAGGGACUUGGUGAUGUGGACAAAGGAGACUCUAAGAAUGACAGCUGGAUCUUCUGUCUGGCUGUUCUGCUCAGCAGCACAUUGGUGUACAACAGCCGCGGCACUAUUGAUAACACUGCAUUGGAGAAUCUGCACUACGUUACUGAGCUCAGUGAGCAGAUCAACAUCAGGUCACCAUUAUCUAUACCAGAUGGAGCAGCUGAAGGAGAUGAUUGUCAUUUUGUGCGUUUUUUCCCAUCAUUCAUCUGGGUACUGAGGGAUUUCACAUUGAAGUUGGAAGCUGAUGGAAAAAAAAUGACAGAAGAUGAGUACCUUGAGUUUGCCCUCGAUCUGAAGAAAGGUGUGAAUAAGAAAAUCAGUGACUACCACCUGCCUCGUCAAUGCAUCCGAAACUAUUUCCCAUCCCGGAACUGUUUUGUAUUCCCAUCUCCCGCCUCGACUGAAAACAUAAUACACUUAGAAAACUUAAAAGAACAGGAACUUGUACCAGAUUUUCUGGAGGUCACAGGUCGUUUCUGUGACCAUGUCUUUAAUAAGAGUCCUGUGAAAACUCUGAAAGGAGGACACAGGAUUACUGGCAAAUUGCUCGGGCGUCUGGUGCAGAUUUAUGUGGACACAAUAAGCAAUGGUGAAGUGCCCUGUCUGGACAAUGCAGUUGCUACUCUUGCAAUUUUAGAGAAUGAGGCAGCUGUUCAAAAAGCAAUAAAAGUAUAUCAGAGUGGGAUAGAAGAGGUAAGACAUAGAACCUCACUUAAAUACUGUGACUCUCAUACACAUAAAAUUCACCAGAAGUUCAGCAAUCUGGCCAUCUCUGAAUUCAUUAAAGGCUCCUUUAAAGAUGAAAAAGGAGAAUACCUAAUAAAACUGAUGAGAGCUUUUAAUAAUGUUAAUCGCAUGGUGCUGCAAAUAAUCACAGAAUCUCAUUACUUUGUUUUUUCUCUCUAUGCCUCAAUUAAAUGGUCAGAGGAGAAAGAGGCGAGUGCUCUGCUGGAACAGAGGGGUAAAGAAGAAGAGGAGAAAAUAAUAGUGAGAGAGCGAAUGUUGCAGGAAGAGAGAAAACAGCAUGCAGCCAGGAUACAGCAGAUGCAAGAGAAGUUUAAAUCUGAGAUGGAGCAGCAGCAGCAGGAGCUGGACAGAGCUAUGGAGAGCAAACUGAAGGAGAUGGAAGAACUGCUAAUGAAAGGCUUUAAAGAGAAAGCUGAUUUCCUUGAGGAAGAGAUAAACAAUCUAAAACAAGAGAAGGAAGAAAAAGGUUCUAGCAGUUUUAUGGAUGUGUUGAUGGUACUUAUCAGAAAUAUGGAAAAACUCCUACCUCUAAUGCUUGAGUUCACAGGAAAGAACAGCAAACCAUAGACACUCGUCACAUUAAAGUAAUGCAUUUUUAAGAUUCUUGCAUUCAUAAAAGGAGUAUAGGUCUGGGUGAUAUUUUGAUUGUUUAUGAGUAGUGUCCAAAUUCAUUAUUGUGCAAGAAAGAAUGAUACUACAGCUUUUACAGUGCUAUAUUUAUUCCAUAAUCAAAAGUAUGUGUGUAAAUGCGGGGUAACUGAGGUAAUGUUAAUAUCAUUGGCUGAUCAUGUAAUCCCAAGAAGUCAGCUCUCAUUAGAUAAUCUUCUGCAUGCAAAAUAUAGCAGAUUGUUUAGGUCACUAAAAUGACUGGAGUGUUAAGAUGCACCUGUGAAUGUUCAGGAUUUUAAAAAUGUUGUAUAUUUAUGCAUAUAGUAAAACUGUUUGC